UUUGUUUAUAUUUUCAGUCUUUGAGUAGAAACAGAGUAGGCCGGUUUCCAGCUUAGAAAAAUGAAAUUUUUAGUCACUAUUACCCUGUUUCUAUCCCUCAUGGGUCUUGCUUUCUCACAAAAAAGUCCAAUCUGUCGUUAUGAACCCUUUCCAGAGGGAAAUUGUGGAAAUGUCAUUUCAGGAUUCACUUUCAUUACCGAAAAGAAUGGCUGUUCCCCCUAUGCUGUUAGUGCCUGUAGUGCCAGUGGAAACUUCUUCAAUUCUAGAUAUGAAUGCGAGUCGAAAUGCAAGGAGGACUUCUCCUGGAAUAAUUUCCUACUAAAUGGCUAUAGAUCUAUGUUUACUUUGCAGAAUAAUGCAUUGGAUUUACUCAGAAAUGUUUCCUAAAAAUAUUACAUUGAAAAUCUUCAAAUAAAAGCUAAAAUACUUUCUUGUCUA